AUGGAGACGCCAUCGUCACCAUGCAACACGCCUCGACCACGCCGCGCCAGAACGUCAUCGCCAUCCCAACCCAGUACCACCUCCUCUGCGCCGCAGUUGGCUGUCGGCGUCAAGCAGGAAGAGGAAGACAAGCCCGCUGUAAUAGAAUCAAUAGAUCCGUACGACCAAGGAUAUGAGAGCUCGGUCGAUGCUCCCGUUAUUGAAGUGACUGAUAUCCGGCUGGAGCUGGAGGAAGAAAAGAGAAGCUACCCCGGAGCAAGUACGUGGGCGGAAGAGGAAGAGAAACUGUUUGAGCUUUUGUUUCAGAGGGCGCAUAUACCGUUACUUCCGGCGCACUGGCAUGUUGAUUUUCGGGGUAUACCCGUCGUGGAUAGCAUCUUCUCGCCCAGCGAUGAGGUGCCAUCCAUCAUUUACAGCCGAUCGACCAAGAAGGAGUUUCAAGCCACCAUGGCCCUCAUGCGUCUCAUCGACCUGACAUCUUCUGUUCGAACCACCGUCCAGUCAGGUCUGCGGAAGAAGGCGACACUGCUUAUCAAAAGGUGCCUGGACAAAUACAUCGCGUGGGCCGCUGAAGACGGAGGCUAUUCUCAUCUCAAAAUCGUUCCAAAUAUCACCACCGCCAUCAUGGAUGUCGAGCUGGGUGAAGAAGACAUCACGAGCACCAUGAAGAAUCGCAUGCGUGCGCUAGCCAUGGCCCAAAGAGAAUUCUUGAGGGUUGAUCGAGAUGAUUCGUUCUGGGACGUAUCCGACGUUGAGGAUGGAGUGAAGGGCGCCGACUUGUCCACCUUGUUGGUAGAAAAGUACGUGAAGAAAGUUGAGGAGCUCAGCGUGACGGCCAAGGCGCCGUCCGGAGAUGGCUCUCGUCAGAGCACACCAAGACCACGGAGCCCAUCACCCGGCGAUGCAACAACAACAACAAGAGCGCGAAGCUCGCCGCCAUCGACACCCGCCGGAUCGAUCCAUGAUGAGCAACAGAAUACUGAUGCGCAAACCAGAUACAGGCGCGAACCGGCCGUUGUGUACGGCCUCUUUAUUCUCCGCACGUCCGUCUUCCUUCUUACCGUCGACAGCGCAAAGGGCGACUCCGCGUACGUGAGUUUCCACGUAGACUUGCAUUUCAUGGACCGUCAUCAGAGCGUGUGGAAUGCGCUCACGGCAGCGAUGGCUGUAUGCCUCGCAAGAGAUCAACUCUGCAAGCGGAUGAGCGAUUUUGAAGAGUUGCCCUUCUGCACCCAAGACAGUGCAAGCGAGGCAUAG